AUGGAAGUGUUCCAGCAUCAGCUACUCACUCUUAUUGGGGGUCUGAUCUGUUUCUGUUCUCUGAUAAAAUGCAUCAGAUUUAUGAAAUAUAUAUUCCCACGUAUCUGGAGUUCUUUGCAUCAGACUUUCUUUCGAUCAAUGGGAGAAUGGGCAGUAGUCACAGGAGCAGGAGAUGGGCUUGGAAAAGCAUAUUCCUUUGAGCUGGCAAGACAUGGAUUAAAUAUAGUGAUGAUAAGCAGAACUCUUGAAAAACUGCAAAAAAUAGCCUGUGAAAUUGAGCAGACCACAGGUCAAAAGGUGAAGGUUAUACAAGCUGAUUUCACGAAAAAUUCAGUGUACGAGAACAUUGAAAAAAAUCUACAAGGCUUGGAUAUUGGUGUUCUGGUUAACAAUGUUGGAAUGCUUCAUAAUCCUCUUCCAUGCUGUUUCCUUAACGGACUGGACAUAGAUGAGGACCUUGUCAACUGCAACAUUAUUUCUGUUACAAAGAUGACAAAAAUAGUUUUGAAACAGAUGGAAGAGAGACAGAAAGGUCUAAUUCUGAAUCUGUCCUCUGGCCUGGGUACUUUCCCUUGUCCAUUAUAUACAAUGUACUCAGCUUCUAAGGCUUUUAUAAAUACUUUCUCCAAAGCACUACAAGCAGAGUAUAAGGCAAAGGGAAUUAUCAUACAGGUCUUGACUCCGUAUGGCAUUUCUACUCCAAUGACAAUGUACCAAAAACCUGGUCUUUUUAUAAAGACAGCGGAAGAUUUUGUUCGUGAAUCACUGGAUUAUGUCACUUUUGGAGAUGAGAUUUUUGGAUGUUUAGCCCAUGAAAUUCUG